UUUUUGAAGAAAAAAACAUUUUUAAUUCAAUCUUUUUUUUUUGAAAUGUGACACCGAAGUGGAAUUUAUAAAAGUACUUAUAUUUAUGUAAAGUUGAACACCGGUUAUUGAAUUGGGUGGUUGAUUGAAUCAGAUAACUUUUGUCUGAUUGUAUUUUAUUCAAUUUUUGCCUCUAUCCUAUUACUCUCAUUUGGUCGAAUCCACCGACUGAGUAUUUUGUACUAGUAAUUGUUUUUUAUUUUAUUACUCCGUAGAUAAAAGUUUAGUCCCAAUACAACAUUCCUAAUUCCGGCGGCUAUUUCCAUCGUAUUUAAUUAAUAAACCUAUUUAAUCCUACGGAAACUACCAAAUCCGUUUCUAUAUAAAGGUAUACCUAGGAGUACAGUAAGUGAUAUAUCAAUAUCAAUUUAGUUUAUUCAGGUAAUUAAUUAAUUAGCUUUUCCGACAGGCCACCUAUGAAGAUCUUGAGACGUGAUGAGGAAUUAAGGGAGCCGUUAAAGAAUGUGUCGAUGGAGAAGGAGGCUGUGACGACGGCCACAACCGAAGAAGAAGAUGACAUGAAGGAGAAGAAGGACCGUCGCAGUCUCUUCGCGAGUUCGGCAUUCCUUACGACUUCUACACCUGUUAAGCCGUGGAGGAGUCCUUUUCUUGAGAGACAACGCAGGAAGAUCUUGAUGUGGGACAAGGAAUUAAGGGAGCCAUUACAGAAUGUUUCGUCGGAGAAGGAGGUUGUGACGGCGGUGGCGACUGAAGAAGAAGACCUGAAGGAGAAGAAGGAUCGUCGCAGUCUCUUCGCGGGUUCGGCAUUCCUUACGACCUCUCCACAUAUUAAGCCGUGGAGGAGUCCUUUUCUGGAAAGACAGCGCAAGAAGAUCUCGAUGAGGGACAAGGAAUUAAGGGAGCCGUUAAAGAAUGUGUCGCCAGAGAAGGAGGUUGUGAUGGCGGCGGCCAACGAAGAAGACUUGAAGGAGAAGAAGGAUCGUCCCAGUCUGUUCGCGGGUUCGGCAUUCCUUACGGCCUCUCCGCCGCCUUCUUCUCUUCCCUUGCCGGGUUCGACAUUCCUAACGGCCUCUCCGCCGCCUUCUUCCCUUCCCUUGCCGGGUUCGGCAUUCCUCACGGCCUCUCCGCCGCCUUCUUCUCUUCCCUUGCCGGGUUCUGCAUUCCUAACGGCCUCUCCACCGCCUUCUUCUCUUCCCUUGCCGCCACGUGCAUUUUUUACGAGACGCUCAAGUAAUAUUCUACCUGACAUUUGUGCUUCUGAUGACGGCGGCAGGGUGUUAUCAUCUCCGAUGGCUUCCUACGCAAUGCAAACAACAACAAAAAACAUAUUGACAAUGCAUAGCAUCCUCAUUGUCAUAAUUUUGCCAGAAAAAAACAUCAUUGUCUUAAUUAGGGUAAUGCUCCGUAUAAAAAUGUAGAUACCAAAACAGAAACAAUAAUAAUUGUAACAAACUAAAUGUUAGUAUUAUAAACAAUGUAUAUGUUACCUCCUUUAUUCUUUAGUUGCAACUUUGAUGAACUUUGCAUUAUUC